AAUUUAGCUUUAAUAAAAUGUGUUGAUAACAAUAUCGAAAUAGACGUCUCAUGUGUCAUCUCGAAGUGAGCAUCGUCGUCAAACGGUGCGUGCGUGUAUGUUUGGAGGAGUGCAGAGCUUUGCUCCGGCUAACACGUUAAGUAAACAUUGCUAGUAGGCGUGGGAUAAGAGGAUAAACGGAUAAGAAGGAGAGGCACCAGCGAACCGGAUUAGCGGAUAAACGGAGCUCCAAUUAAGCGCCAAAGCUCAACACAAAACGUUAUUUUCGAAAGUAUUUCGUAAUGUCUGAUCUUGGAAGUGGAGAGGAAGGCAUCUCAGGAUCAAAGUAUAAUGCAAGCAAUAUGGAAGGUUCUUCAAGCAGAAAUGAUUUUGACUCGUCCGGCAAAGCCGUCAGUGCAGUUGAGCAGGAGCUGGCAUCAAAAAUGCUCCAAAUUCAAUCAAAACGAUUUUAUUUGGAUGUAAAGCAAAAUCGUCGUGGACGCUUCAUAAAGGUGGCCGAGAUUGGCGCAGACGGCAGACGAAGUCAAAUAUAUUUAGCGCUGUCGACGGCAGCCGAGUUCCGUGACCACUUGUCGUCAUUUAGUGACUACUAUGCUUCUCUAGUUCAUCAAAAUGUAGGGCCUCCGCACACGGAGAGUUUGCCAGAGGAUGGCAAGUUGAAAUCAGAGAUGAUGAUAAAGGACAAUAGGAGGUAUUAUUUGGACUUGAAGGAAAAUGCUCGCGGAAGGUUCCUUAGGGUUUCCCAAACAAUAACAAGAGGUGGGCCCAGAUCUCAAAUUGCGCUGCCGGCCCAAGGCAUGAUUGAAUUUAGAGAUGCGCUGACUGAUCUUUUGGAAGAGUUUGGAGCCAAUGAUGGGGGUUUUAAAGGCGAUUUGCCGGAAGAGCGUCAUAUGAAAGUCGAUAACAAAAACUUUUACUUUGACAUUGGUCAAAAUAAUCGUGGAGUUUAUAUGCGAAUAAGUGAGGUAAAAAAUAACUUUCGCACUUCUAUAACUAUACCUGAAAAGUGCUGGCUACGAUUUCGUGAUAUAUUUAAUGAUUAUUGCGACAAAAUGAAGAAAUCGCCCGAUUCAAUCACUGCCGAUAAUAUUGUACCGACAUCUACAAAUAGUCUUAAAUAAAUAGCAAGAACACCAGAACUUAGUAGUUAUCAAAGAUGCACACACUGCUAAAUACAAAUAUAAAGCUUUUUAAAAUUUCUGCGUUCAAGCCUUGGAAUCAAACAACUGAGCCGCUGACAGAGGCCGCGGGAACGAGGCUUCAAAUGUUUGUUGUUCCCCCAAUAAAAAACAAAAAAAAAAUCAACAUUGUGCGACGAUAUGUAAAUAGCUUUAUGUAUUAUGCCAGCUGCUAAAAUGAUAUGUGAUUAUUUUUGUUAAAUAUCGUUUCUUGAUAGAGAAAAUCGAAAAGCUUUUAAAUUAAUGUAAUGUAUCUACUUAUAUGUAUUUAUAUUCAAUUAUAUAAAAGUAGCAUUUAGAAGAUUCAUCUGUAUAUUAGUAUACUUUUUUAACUAUUAUAUUAAUUUAAUUAAAUACAUAACAAAUAGGGCUUCAUAAGUCGAUCUACCAAUACGCAACACAAUGUUUGGUCACGCGAGAAAACAAUAUGCUUUAAAAUUUAAACAAUUAACCAAUACGCAAUAUUGCAUCAAUUAGAGAUAUAUCUUUCAUUAGGGAUGUCUUUAUUUAAUAAAUCUUGUAACUUUUGUUGUACAGCCUUUUCCCCGCCACCAUUGUGGUCAAAUUACCUUUGAUUUAUAGUUAAAUAACCAAUUGUGGAUAUAGAAAAUAUUAAAAUAUUUAAUAUGUAUGUAAGAAACAUACAUGUAUGGAUGUAUGCAUAUAUUAAAUUCUGUUAUAUAUGGCUCAGUACCUUUGAUAAUACAAACAAAUAGCGAGAAUACUACCUUCAUGAUUCACAUGAGUGUUCUGUAUUUAGAUAAUAUUUUUAUUACAUACUCUGUGAAUAUUGUGACCAAUUUGUGCAAUACAUCAUCAUCAAAUCAGUUGAAACUAUCAGCUUUAUAUUUUGAAUAUAUACUGUUUUGGGAUCUGGUAUCCAUGGUGCAAUUUUCUCAAAAAUUAAAUUCCCUUGACUGUUUAAUAAUUUUACGGCCAUCAUUAAUUGGAUGUCCAUUCGUAGGAUAAAUACCGCCUGUUGCGAAACAUGGCACCCACAGCAAUCGGUUACUCGUUAAACUAAUUUGUAGAAAAGAACACUCGAGCACGUACUUGUGUUUGGUAGAUUGAAUAGAUCUAUUAAGUGUGUAAAUUUCGUCAUAGUAUAUAUCCAGUUGGCGUAACUUAAAAUGUCAUCGCAAAUAUGAAUGUUACAAAAUUGUUAAAGCUUUUAGGAAUACGUUAUGAAUUACAAAAUGUCUUUAACUAAUUACUAAAACGUUUAUAAAACAAAAGUUUCAAUGUGAUCACGUAGAAUAAAAACUUAUUAGGUACGAAUACAAAUGCAUAGCAAAAUAAAUAGAAUCCAUAGUAUGUGUGUAUGUAUAUUAAUUUAAACACUUAUGUAUACGCACACAUGCCUAUGUCUAUGUAUUAAAAACAACAACAAUUAUAUGAAUAAUUAUAUGAAAUGCAAACUAGUGUUAUAUUAAUAGUAUCAAAUUUCAGCCUAUUAAAUGGAUAAACUAUAUAAUAUUUAUUAUUGAUGAAUGACAACAAAUACGCAAUACAUAAUGCACUUCUACAAUAUGUAUAUGUGUGGGUCACAAAAAAACCCUUUAAUGUACAUACAUAUAUAGAUAAGUCCACGAAUGCGAAUUUGUUUGCGAAUCUCCAGGCAUCCACAGAUUCGCUUAUCGAUGGACUUAUUUUGUUAAACUCCAUGUUGAGUAGGAGCCUUCGGAGCAGCCCAUAAUACAUACAAGUAUAUUCAUUUGCUAAGCUAAUGCACACAGAUAAACAACAACAAUGAUUAACAGAACAGAUUACCAUAUGUGACAAAAACGGUUAUUUAUAAUACAGUGAAUUUAUCUUUGAUGUUGUUUGGCAUUACAAUUUUAAGAAUUUUGUGAAUGAAGAAAUAAAAAUAAAGUUGAAUAAAACAAAAGCUCUAAUGCA